GUGUUGCCACAUCUUCGCACACAUCAAACGCUCGCAUUGCACAAUAAAUAAACUUUUAUUAAUUAUUAAUUGAAAGACGUUGGGAGAGAAGUGCGUGUCGUGUUUGGAUUGGGAGACGGAGAGAUCAUAGAACUUGUUGUGCUACGAGCUUAUUAAAACAAUUUCAGUUUAAUUGAAAUGAAGCUGCUGGCAAAUGCUCGCAAGCUGUUGUUGUUGCGCCGGCAAAGGCCAAUGGAGCGCCUAAUGACAACAGCAACAACAACACAGGCACAUGAGACGGUGACGGCAGCGCAGUCAGCACCAGGACUAACCAGUGCACAGCUUGAUGAGCUGGAGCGGAAUAUUGAACUGAGGCAUCACAAGAACAAUAUACCGCAUAUACGCAAAUUGAUCAAAGCUCUGCAGGAUGACGCCGAUGCGGACAAAGAGAUCCAGCGGCAGCUGGAGGAGCAACUGGAGCAGUUGCCCAAUGCAACACAUCCACGUCUGCUUAGCUAUGACAAUCAACCGCUCGAGUUGGCGAACUAUAAACACCGAACACUGCCCGAGCACGGAGCUAAAGAGUUCUCCGAGCUGGCCAGAGCACUUAACUUGUAUCGCAUGGAUCACCUUGGGAACUAUACUGGACACAAGAGCUACUAUUUGACAGGUCAACUGGCGAUGCUGGAACAGGCCAUUAUACAAUAUGCAUUGCAGUCUGUGACCAGGCAGGGCUUCAAACUGAUCUCCGUGCCGGACAUUCUGCCCCGGGAAGUGAUUGAGAGCUGCGGAAUGCGAACGGAAGGCGAUCGCACACAGGUCUACAAGCUGGACACAGGCGAGUGCCUGUCGGGCACCUCUGAAAUGGCGCUCGCAGGAUUCUUUGCCAAGAAAGUGCUGGCGGAGCAGCAGCUGCCACUGAAGGUGGCCGCCGUGAGUCGCUGCUAUCGAGCGGAGACAUCAGGUCUGCACGAGGAGAAGGGCAUUUAUCGGGUGCACCAGUUUACCAAGGUGGAAAUGUUUGCCAUUGCCACGCCAGAGCAGUCGGCGGCAACGCUUGAGCAGUUCAAGGACAUUGAGAUAUCACUAUUUAAGGAGUUGGGCAUUAAUUUUCGACUGCUCGACAUGCCGCCUUGUGAGUUGGGAGCUCCGGCUUAUCAGAAAUACGACAUAGAAGCCUGGAUGCCUGGUCGGCAGAUGUGGGGCGAAAUCUCCAGUUGUAGCAACUGUACGGAUUAUCAGGCGAAACGUCUGGACAUUAGAUACAAACGUGCCACCGAUGGGAGUGUGGUGCACGGCCACACACUCAAUGGCACUGCAACGGCAAUUCCACGUUUGUUGAUCGCUCUAAUUGAAUCCUAUCAGAGCACCGACAAUCAGGAAUCCAUAUCCAUCACAAUACCCGAGGUGUUGGUGCCCUUCAUGAAUGGACAGCGAACAAUAACAAGAAACAAGCGGAUUCCGGAGACGAAACUGGUCAAGUUUAUCAAGUCCGAAUAAUGUUAAUAUUGUAAUUGUUAUAAAACGAGAAAAUGAAUGAAAGCAAUAUCACAUAUAGUA